CGGAGCUGUUUACAGGGGGUGUAGCGUUGCUAUGGUUGCCGGUCAAACCUCCUGCAGCAGGUAUUAAACUGGAGCCCGCAGCGCGCUGACAGCCGCCACAAACCUCCGCCGAGCAGGAGAAGCAGGACUCCUCCCCAGGUCUCCGUGUGGAGCAGCAGGUGCGCAGACUCACACUCGGCCUCCAUCAGUCUGGAUUCAGCGGGCGCAGCUCAAAGUCCUGUCAGGAGGUAACAGAGGGAGGAGGAGGAGAAGGAGCUGACACAGAGGAGAGAGCCAUGCUGUCCCUGAGCUGUGCCGAACCGUGGCCUGAAGGCUCCGUGGGGCUGGAGGAGGAGGUGGUAACGGCGGCGGCUCAGGCUGAGGAGCGGGACGGAGUCAGCGGCACCGACAGCAGCAGCUGCUCCGUCAGCCUGGACGACAGUCUGACCAGCCUGCAGUGGCUGCAAGAGUUCUCCAUCCUCGGCACCAAUGUGCCGCACCACGCGCACCACGCGCACCACCUGUUCGGCCACCAGCAGCUGGGGUCUGAGGCGCCAGCCUCCCCCCUGGCCGGGGACCCGGCCUCCAUCGGGAUGCCGCUGACCCCGGGGAAGCCCACGGCGGCGGCCUACAGCAGGAUGCAGCCACUGCCUGGCAUCGUGGCACACGGACACUGUCCGGACGACGUGGACUACAAAACCAACGCGCAUAUCAAGCCGCCGUAUUCCUACGCCACCCUCAUCUGCAUGGCCAUGCAGGCCAGCAAGAAGAGCAAGAUCACGCUGUCCUGCAUCUACAAGUGGAUCACUGACAACUUCUGCUACUACCGCCAUGCUGACCCCACCUGGCAGAACUCGAUCCGACACAACCUCUCGCUCAACAAGUGCUUCAUCAAGGUGCCGCGGCAGAAGGACGAGCCCGGGAAGGGGGGUUUCUGGAAGAUUGACCCGCAGUACGCUGAGCGCCUCCUGAGUGGUGCCUACAAGAAGAGACGAAUGCCACCCGUCCAGAUCAACCCGGCCCUGCAGAACAGACUCAGGGUGAACGUGCAGCCUCAGCCCAGAGGGCAAAUCGGGCUUUGCGUCAACCCAGAGUCCCAAAGGCUUCUUCGGGAGUUCGAAGAGGCAACGGGCGCUGAUCAGAAUUGGGACCCCCAUCUGGCUGAGGGGACCAUGCUGGGGUCCUGGCCGGUGGUCAGGGGAAGGUGUGGGCUUAAGAGGAAGCAGGGCUCCAGAAAUGGUGCCGCCAAAGCCCCCCGUCGGUCCAGCUCCCCUCUGCUCUCCAUGGAUGAACAGAAGGAGAUUGGACCUCUGAAGGGGGACUUUGACUGGGACGCCCUUCUGGAUUCGGCCCUCAGCGGGGAGCUCAGUUUGGAAGGUGGUGAGCCUCUGAGCCCCAUCAUGAAAGAGGAGGACCUAACAGUGCGGGGAACCCACAUUUCCCCCGUUGAAGCCCCUGCAGGCUCAGCAGAGGCAGAGAGGAGUAACAACAUGUCUGACUUUGAUGAGGAGACCUUCCUUGCCACAGCCUUCCUGGAGAACCCCUGGCCGGAGGAGGAGGAGGAUCAUGGCCGCAGUGAUUUCCUCUGUAGCUCCACCGUCAACCUAGACCAGCUGUUUGGGCUCGAGGACUCAUUAGGUGGGGACCCCAGCAGCAGGAUCGACACUCUCCUUUGAGGAAUAAUUUCCAGGUCGUCUUACAAACUAAGAACCCUUCUCAACACAACUUGGAAAUAAAAGACUCUUUUUUUACCCUCAUGCAAGCUUAACCGUCCUUUUCAAGAUGUUUAAAGUAUUUUUAGAGAAACAUUUUUACGCAGGUUCAAUGCUGGAAAUAAACACUCAAUGCCUACUGAACAAUGAUGCCACAACGUACAGCAGCAGUUCAUAUUCCACAGAGAAACCACACUGAAUGUUUUUUCUUUUUUUGUGAAAUGAAAGUUUUCAGAGUGAAAGCCUGGACACACCAGAAGGUAGCGCGGUAAUUUUAGCGUCAUGUUUCCCUUCGUGUGUUUGUGAGAACACGGGCCAGGCAGUGGACGGUGUUCCUGCUAAACAAGUUUCACAUAAUGAGGUAAACAUUUGUUUAAACUACAUUUCCAGCGGUCAUUACCCCUUGCAAGCACUGAUUGCUGCCCUUCAGUAAGCUUCCAGAAGUUGGGCAAUCAUUGAGCUGUUAGAGAGGGUGUAGUUUAAAAAUCUAAAAGAUCUAAAGUCUAAAGUAGACUUUAUUUCUAGUUUAAUGUCCAUUCAAACUGAUUCAGACAUUUAUGUUCUUACAUAGAGCUCCUACAGAUAAUGCUAAUAAGUUAGCUAGUCACUAGUCCACUCAAUCGUAACAGGAAGAUGAGAACCCCCAAAAUAAACUCUCUCAAUAAAACUACACAAAAACAUUGCCAGUUCAUUCUGUUUUAUACUCAGUUUACCACAAACUGGCAUUUCUUCUUCAGUUUUUUUUAAAUAAACUGCUUCAUUAAUGAGGACAGAGAGUAGCUCCCUAUGCUAGCAACUGCGCUAAGGCUUCAAUCACAGGGUCCUAUAGGUCAUUCAGUGAUCUCCUAGCAACCGGUGGUUACUACGGAAAAGUGUGGAUUUGGCUGCAUGUGGUUUCUGGCAGUCGAUAUUGUGAAAUUACUUAGAAUAGGAACACAAUGCUACACCACAACCUUCUUGUGCUUGCUUUGGUUGCUAGCAGGUUGCUCCUCUCACGAGUAGUUUGCAUGGAACUUGUCUGCAAAAACACGCCCACUACUCACCAAGCGGUAAUGAAAUUGUGAGAAGUGCAACGCUAACUGGAAUCAGAGACCGUGUGGCUUUUCAUUGAGUUGGUUUUGGCAAAAAGGCAGAACUUUUAUUUAAUGCAAUCCACCGGCAACCAAAGCCACUCAAUCUGAUCAGAGAGGUCCACAUUUUCUUUCAGAAAUAAACAGCUAACAGCACAAAUCCACCAAUCGGUACAAUUUUAAUGGAAUAAAUUGAUCUCUGGUGUGACCAGGCCUUACAGACGACACAACAUGGUCUCUGUUUACGUCAUGAAAGUGUGUUUUAUUGUGGAAAAGGAGAUCAUGUUGCCUGAAAGACAUUUUCAGUGAACAGUUGAUCAACUAAGACUUUUUAAAAAAUUGUUAAAGUGGAAUCAGGAGUAACGCUACGAUAGAUUGAUGAUGAGAUUUUUGCCAAAUUAUGUUCUGUGUAGAUGUGAUUUACUCAUUUAGUUUUCUUUUCUUUUUUUGGCGUGGGAUGUUUUGGUACUAACCCUUUAUUUUCAGAAUGAACUAGCACAACUUUAACAAAUUAUUCACGUUAGCUUAACUUUUUCCAGAAAAUCAGACUGACGUAUAUGGCUUGUACAAGUAACGGCUUUCUUUCUUCUUUCCUGUGACUUCGUAGCCGAUAGAUAUAAAGAAACGCAGCAGAGGACGCGUCACAGCUUUGCGGUGUAAAAGUUAAAAUAAACACAAAGCAGCUUGAGGCAAAAUUCUUCAACAAAGAACUAUCAGGAGCUUAAAAUGCACACUUUAAAGAGACCACGGUGGCUUGUAAAUGAAUACCUGACCUUCUAUGUGCCAAGAACAACACUUGGGACUCGACGGGGCGGCCGUGCGCGUUUUACUGCAAUGAGGAAAUGUUUUUGUGUUGGUGUGCGAUAAAGUCGGGGAGCUGCUGGAUGUGAACAAAAGAGCUCGCUGGAUUCAGACUAAACCAAAUCUCGCUGCAUAAGGACGGGGACAGUCUUUAACUGCUGAGAUGCAGUAACUGUUCUCUUAACAUGUGUGAAAGUGCAAUCAUUGUACAGUGAUAUUUGUUAUUUGUUACAGUCAUUUGUUGGAGUCCAUUCAUGCAGUUUACUUCAGAGAUACCAGGCUCACUGUUUUGUGUAUUCUGAGGUGUGAAUACACUCGAGGGACUCUCAGUAAAACCAGCUAUGGUUGUGUAUUAGUUCGUCUCAAUCAAAUAACACUUUAAACCACAAUAAUGGGAUCUUACCUCAUGAUUGGUUCUAUGCUGAUGUUUAAACGCUCAUGUAUUCUUCUACCUUUUUGUUUUUAUUUUAUUUUCCACUUUUCUUUGACAAUAAAAAAUGUUUUACUGCAUCUCAC